AUGGAGUCAAACAACGCAAUUCCGGUCCACCUAUGCUCUCUAUGCGGCAAGCCAUUUACCCAAGAGAGACAACAUCGACGACAUGAGGCUUAUUGUCGUAGAAACCAAAGCCGAAUACGGACGCGGCCUCGGUCGUUUAGUAGCCACAGGAGCAGAAGCAACACCAAUGCCUUGGAGUUGGUAUCCACCUCGAAUGUCCUCGGAGAUGUACUUGAUGGGGAUUUAGGCGGAUUGGAUCAUUCGAGGCAUAUGCUCAGUGACAAUACCAAUGGCCUUUCUGCAGUCUCAGCAACAGACUCCGAGCUAGAUAGCUUCAAGCAACAUAAAGAGCUAAGCGCCAUUGGCGAUACACCAAUGCCAACAACCUUAUCAUCGGAAAUAGAUGAUUUCAUCUCAUUUUUACAAACUAAUAGCUUUGAUUUCGCUGCAGGCAUCAGCGUUGAAAAAGGCCUGAGUUAUGUUCCAGUUCAACCACCAAUACCAUCAUCAAUUCCUGGAUCUGAAAUCGCAACCACAACGGUCCAUUUCAGUCGAAAGAGGAUCGUGACGCCAGCACAACAGCUAUUCACGAGCAUGCUGAUCGAUAUGAUCCGUGCAUACCCUCUGAUGAUGACUCGACGUGAAACCUUCCCGCCUUUUGUGCAUCCUCACUGCUAUCUGUAUGAAGGAUGCAAUACGUUCCCGCAAGUGUUGGCGAAUUGUAUGGGUAUUGCACAGUUGUUCGUCUCUCGCACGAAUGAUACCAGGCCAUUUCUCUGGGCAACUAUACUGGCUGAAGUCAGAGAUAUAAUGAGCAGGCUCGGUUCAAUGAAUAAAUUCGAACUAUUCAGUGCAUUGCAAGGCUCUCUAUUGUAUUUGAUCAUGCGCGCAAUGGACACGGGGCCACAGCAUUCGGCACAAGACUUUGAGUUGGUACGGGCACAUGAGAUGAUAUGCGAUUAUACUUUGCAGCAGAUCGGCCAUCACGCUGAUCCUGAAGUCAAUGACCCUCAUCGACAGUGGAAGGACUGGAUAUUCGAUGAAUCAAUUAAACGAGUAGCUUGGGUCUGGUUCGCUCUGAGCGUAGUAUAUCAAAUCCGCAGCGGUGUGCCGGGAGUGCCCUGCAGAGUUGCCGAUUCAACCGAAGGCAUGCCUUUACCUUGCACCAAGACUGAAUGGGAGGCCCAGACCGAAGAAGACUGGAGAAGAGAAUAUUACAAGGCCAGAAGCUCUCAAAGUACUGCUUCCAUACAGACCUUUGGCGAUUUGGCGAAUGCAUCUAGAGGAUCGCCUGCAGAAAGACAUGCAAAAGCAACACAGUUGGAAGCAUGGAAUGCCGGCAUUGAUAAUCUGGGUGUUCUAUUAAAUCUUGCUGUGUACAUGACUCAGAGUUGA